AUGGUAAGAGCGAGGUAUCCGGAAUCACGAUCUAUCCAAAGAAAAUUAAUAUUUCAUGCAGGACCAACAAACAGUGGGAAGACAUACCGAGCUUUGGAACGAUUCAUAAACUCUAAAAGUGGAGUCUAUUGUGGUCCUCUUAAACUCUUGUCAGUUGAAGUUUUCAACAAAUGUAAUGAAAGGGGAACUCCAUGUGAUUUAGUAACUGGGGAAGAAAGGCAAUCUGUUCUUCCCGAUAAUCAACCUGCUGGCCAUGUAGCUUGCACAAUUGAAAUGGUAUCUGUGACAAAUAAAUAUGAAGUGGCUGUCAUUGAUGAAAUUCAAAUGAUAAGAGAUCCAAGUCGGGGUUGGGCCUGGACUCGAGCACUUUUGGGGUUAUGUGCUGAUGAGAUUCAUAUAUGUGGCGAAGGUGCUGCGAUUGACCUUGUUAAAGAUAUAGCUAGCUCAUGUGGGGAAGAAGUGGAAGUUAGAAAAUAUGAAAGGCUUACAUCCUUAGAGAUUGAAAACACUGCUUUAAUGGAUUUGAAUAAUAUCCAGCCUGGUGACUGUGUUGUUUGUUUUAACAAAAAUGAUAUAUUCAAUGUUAGUUUAGAGUUGGAAAAGAAAGGCUAUGAAUGUGCUGUGAUUUAUGGUGGAUUACCUCCAGGUACAAAACUAGCUCAAGCUAAAAAGUUUAAUGAUCCUAAUCAUCCAUGCAAAAUUCUUGUGGCUACUGAUGCAAUUGGAAUGGGACUUAACUUGAGUAUUCGGCGUGUCAUAUUUUAUUCGCUUGUUAAACCAGUGAUAAAUGAAAAAGGAGAAAAAGAAAUGGACACUAUCUCUACUUCCCAAGCACUACAAAUUGGUGGUCGAGCAGGCAGGUUCAAUACUCAAUUCUCUGAAGGCUUUGUUACCACUUUCAACAAGGAGGAUCUUCCUAUUUUGAAAAGCAUAAUGGCCAAGAUUGUUGAUCCUCUUGAAAAAGCUGGAUUGCAUCCAACGGCAGACCAAGUAGAACUAUUUGCUUAUCAUUUACCUCAAGCUACUCUUUCAAAUUUAAUUGAUAUUUUUAUCAGCUUAUGCAUGAUGGAUACAUCAUCGUAUUUCAUGUGUGAUACAGAAGGAUUCAAAUUUCUUGCUGAUAUGAUACAGCACGUUCCUUUGCCCCUAAGAGCUCGUUAUGUUUUCUGUUGUGCUCCAAUCAAUAGAAGACAGCCAUUUGUUUGUACCAUGUUUUUAAAGUUUUCCAAGCAGUACAGUCAGAAUGAACCUCUAACUGUAGAAAAAUUAUGCAGGACAAUUGGAUGGCCUUUUUCAGCUCCUCAGAAUAUUGUCGACUUGGUUCAUCAAGAGGCUGUGUUUGAUGUGUUAGACUUAUAUUUAUGGCUAAGUUAUCGCUUUCCAGAUCUUUUCCCUGAUGUCCAAGCAGUACGCAGUAUUCAGCGCGAACUAGACGAAAUUAUUCAGCAAGGUGUGUUUAACAUCACCCAUCUUUUAAAAGCUGGAGAAGUUGCGACUCACUUGGACGAGGAUAAUGGCAAUGAGGAAGUAAGGGAAAAAGAUAGAUAUUCUGCAAGUAGUGUAGAUGAGGAUGAACUAGAGGACUCAACUGAAAUCAAACCCAGACAUUUUGGAAAAGGCCGCCUUACGCAAGAACUUCUGGCUCAAGGUCUUAUAACUCCAAAGAUGUUGAAAACAUUGCAGAGGGAAUGGGAAGAAUCUUUAGACUCAAACGAAAGUUACACAAAUAACUCUUUCGUUCGUAAAAAAUCUAAAAUACACACGAGGCGUUUUAAGAAAAAAUGACAUGUAUAAUAAUAUAGGUGUAAAAAAAUGUGUAGACUUAUUUUUUAAAAAUAUGACUUUUUUCCUCAUAAUCAAAUAAAAUUAUUUA